UCAGCAAGCUUUAGAAACAAGAGAAACAAAGGUAACAGAGACUCAGAUUUUGGCUUUGAAAGUAUUAAGAGUUCAAAGCUAAAAUUGAAUUUUGGAUUUUGAAAGAUGGCAAUCACUAGCAUUGCAUUUGGUUCUCCCGCUGAGGCUGGCCAGCCUGAUGCCUUGAAGGCAGCUCUUGCUGAGUUCAUCUCUAUGCUUAUUUUCGUUUUCGCCGGUGAAGGUUCCGGCAUGGCAUUUAACAAGCUGACCAGCGACGGUGCAACAACACCGGCCGGUCUAGUAGCAGCCUCACUGGCACACGGAUUUGCUCUAUUCGUGGCUGUUUCAGUAGGUGCCAACAUUUCUGGCGGGCAUGUAAAUCCUGCUGUUACUUUCGGUGCCUUUGUUGGGGGCCACAUUACAUUCAUCAGAAGUAUUCUUUACUGGAUUGCCCAGUUGCUCGGAUCCGUCGUUGCUUGCUUGCUUCUUAAGUUCUCCACCGGUGGAUUGGAAACAUCUGCCUUUGCCCUAUCAUCUGGUGUUGGUGCCUGGAAUGCAGUUGUUUUCGAGAUUGUGAUGACCUUUGGUUUGGUCUACACUGUGUAUGCGACAGCCGUAGACCCAAAGAAGGGUAACAUCGGUAUCAUUGCACCUCUUGCAAUUGGUUUCAUUGUAGGUGCCAACAUCUUGGCUGGUGGUGCCUUUGAUGGUGCAUCCAUGAACCCAGCAGUUUCCUUUGGACCAGCAGUAGUUAGCUGGACAUGGGACAAUCACUGGGUCUACUGGCUUGGUCCAUUUGUCGGUGCCGGUAUUGCCGCCAUUGUCUAUGAGACCUUCUUCAUUAGCCCAAGCACACAUGAACAACUUCCAUCUGCAGAUUUUUAAGAAAUAUUCAAGUGAUUUUUUUCUCUUUGUUUAUGAGUGAAAGAAGGUCGAAAAGUUGGGUUGGUGGGUCCAUUUGGUUUCAAUUGUUGUAUUGGUGUUGUUUGUAUCUGGUUAAUGUUCCUUGUUAAUUGCUGAUUCCUGUGAAAUUUGUCUUCUUUCUCUUCAA